AUGCUGCUGCUGCUGGUAUCACUUCUGCUCGCAGGGCUGGACUGUUUUCUGGGCGCCCCAGCAGGUAGAGAUGUCUACAGGAUGCCCCAGAGCGCUCUCAAAGCUCUGUCUGAUCGAGGCACAGUUGUUCUAGAAGCAGCCAUGGCUAGUGCCCUCUCCACUCUUGAGGGUGUGUCAUCAGAGAGAAGCCGGGUUGAAGCGAACUGUCAGGGUUGUGUGCCUUGUCUGUUUCAAAACUGCGGACAACUGUCAGGAUCUUGCUCAUCUCCUUCAAGUGCCUUGCUGGAGCCCAGCUGCGAUGUGAUCACUAAGGUUCAGAAGCUGCAGGACGAAGCAGAGCGGAGUUGGGGUCUGAGCCAGGCCUGUGCCUACUACCAGCGCCGUUGCCCACCCGGAGAGCUGGACGGUGAAAACUGCAUCAGGAUCAUGGGCGAAAGCUGCAGCGCUCGCGUCCUUCAGUGCAGCCUGCUGAACACCAUGCAGAACCUGGAGCCGGCUAUGCAGACUCGAGCACAGGCAGUGUGCGGUCAGAGGUCCUCCAAACUGCAGAACACCACACAGCCCCGCUCAAGGAUUGUAGGUGGCUCCCCUGCUUCUCCUGGCAGCUGGCCAUGGCUGGUCAACCUGCAGGUAGAUGGUGGGCUAAUGUGCGGAGGGGUUCUAGUGGACAGCUCUUGGGUGGUCACUGCUGCACAUUGUUUUGCUGGCAGCCGCAGCGAGAGCCACUGGACUGCUGUGGUGGGUGAGUUUGACAUCACCAAGACUGACCCUGACGAACAGGUUCUCAAAGUGAACCGCAUCAUUCCCCACCCCAAGUUCAACCCAAAGACCUUCAACAACGAUAUAGCGCUGGUGGAGCUGACGUCCCCCGUGGUCCUGUCAGAACGCGUCACCCCAGUGUGUCUCCCCUCCAACAUGGAGCUACCCACGGGCAGCCCAUGUCUGAUAGCCGGAUGGGGGUCUCUUUAUGAGGAUGGUCCAUCUGCUGAUGCAGUGAUGGAGGCGAAGGUGCCUCUGCUGCCACAAAGCACUUGUAAGAGUGCCCUUGGCAAAGAACUGGUGACCAACACCAUGCUUUGUGCUGGCUAUCUGUCUGGAGGCAUUGACUCUUGUCAGGGAGACUCUGGAGGCCCACUGAUCUACCAGGACCGAAUUUCAGGUCGCUUUCAGCUCUAUGGCAUCACUUCCUGGGGAGACGGCUGUGGGGAGAAAGGCAAACCUGGAGUAUACACACGGGUGUCUGCAUUCUCUGACUGGAUUCAGGCUGAAAUACAGAAGGCCUUUGGCAGCAGGGAGCCAACAUGUCCAGAGCUUCUUAAGACAACUGAAAUGACUGAGGAGGAACAAAGGUCUGAGUUUAGUUCCAUGUGUCACUUCUACACCCUGACCUGUCCUUCUGGUCAGUCUGCCAGCGCCUGCAGCCAAAUGGCUGAGGACAAAUGUCUUGUUCGCUUCAAAAAAUGUCAGUUACGCUCGUUCCUGCAGACCCUGUUGGACUUGCUCCAGAGAGCCGAAGACUACAUUAGGGACAAAGUGGACCUGACUUUCUUUACCCAGACUCUGCCUCAGCUUGUGGAGCACAUUUACAGCACAGCUUUCUCUCAGACAAGAGAGAGGAGAGACCUAAGCCUAAACCACGGUUUCAGUCAGAUUAAAGAACAGCUAGGUGGAGCUGUGAGGCCAGCAGAGCUGGGUGCCUCUCGUGGUCAACCAGAUUUAUUCAGAGACAUCGGACCUUUGCUGGAUGACUGGGAAAAAUACCUGAGAAACAUGGCGGAUGAGAUGGAUAAUCAACCCAGUGAUGCAACCGCAAACGUCACAUCUUCAACAAAAAGACAUGAGGACAACCUUUUUUCACAGACACGGGAUUCCCUGGUGCAACAGCUGGCAAGAGAAUAUGAAUCUGUUAUUUCAUCUCUUCAAACUAAACUUGGCUCCAGAUCUGCUCCUCCUAUCUUGAACUUGGACCCUAUGCACCUCCAGGAGGACGCUCCUAACAAUCCGCCUUUUUUAUCCUCUUCCACCGGAGAAGAUCCAUCUUCCCAGCCCCAAGAACCCCAGGAACCUCGGUCACUUCUAUCAGUCCUGAUGGAGGAAAUAAAAAUAUUGAGUACGCAAGAUGAGGCUGUGGUAGAGGACACGUCACAAAGCGAGUCCUCAGCCAGUAGAGAUGCUCCUUCUGAUGGAGAGUGGGGCAUCGCGUCAGAGGAUUUUAUACCUGUUGAGAAAAAGGAUGGGGUAGAAAUCAAGACUUUAACAUUACCAGUCUCAGAACAAUCAACUGCUGUCAGCCAGCACGCCAUUGAGAGCUCGUCGGACCUCAGGCACGCUGUCAAACCUUCAGUUAUUCACAGAAAGUACAGGAGUCUUCUUCAGAAGAGACAGACACCUGGUGCCAGUGGGAAAAUUUGUCCUGGGCUGAGAGAAUCUUCACAGCAAGUCAGCCUGAUCAGAGACUCCUACAGCUGGGUCUUAAACAUCCCCAGCAGGAAUUUACGCAUGAACUUCCAAGAGGUAUUAGUUGAUCUGAGCUCAAAGAACGAUCGAGGACUUUACCAGGCGCGGAUAAGAGCCGUAGUGGGAGGAAGACCCUUAACCUUCUACAGUCUCGUCGGCCUGGAGAACGAAUCAUUCUACCGCAGUGUGCCGAGGAUUAUCGCUUUGGCACUGGAGGCUCUCAAGACUUAG